AUGAGGGAUUCUCGAAAAGAGGAGGUGACAAGAAUUAUUCUGGCCAAAUAUUCUGAAACUGAAAAGUCAAACUUAUCAGAAGAUUUUACUAUUCCCUACAUGGUCUAUCUGAAGUCCAGUCCAGAGCCCUGUGUGGGGUCUCUCAUUCACCCGGAGUGGGUCCUGACCGCUGCUCACUGCCCCUUACCAGCUAAAAUUCGAUUGGGAGUUCAUCAACCCAGCGUCAAACAUAAGAAAGAGCAGAUACGGAAUAACACAUUGACCAUGCCCUACCCCGAAUUCAAUGCACAAACUUUGGAAAAUGACCUGAUGAUGAUAAAACUGUCCAAGGCUGCUGUGCUCAACACCUAUGUAGGAACUAUAGCCAUAGCUUUGGAAUCUUUAUCAACUAAUGAUUCCUGCUUUAUCCCAACCUGGAGUUGGAAUGACUAUAAAAACUGUAAGUGUUUGACUGUGUUCUUUGAGCUGGGGAAAACAUAG